AGUGUUGAGCCUCUCUCAAUGUUCAACAAUGUAGAUCCAGGAAGCCCUCCUGAGAAUAUACUGUCUGUGUCCUGUCUGUACCCUUAUGGACAUUUCUUCAUCUCUUGGUGUCGUGUCCUCUGGAUGUCCGCGGGCUGGGACAGAUGUGGACGCCGCUGAGAGCGCAAGACUGUCGGUGUGGCUGUCAACAGUACCGGGGAUGAAUCGGUGGCGUUUUUUCUGAAUGUCAUUCUCUCCGUCACAUCCAGGCAGCAGCAUCAUUAAACUUUCAAAAUGAGGAUCUUCUUGUCUCUGCUGAAAAACUCCAACCCCAAAAUCGAGUAUUACUCCAGGUUCUCUCCGUCCCCGCUGUCCAUUAAACAGUUUCUGGAUUUUGGCAGGGACAAUGCUUGUGAGAAAACAUCCUACAUGUUCCUGCGCAAGGAGCUUCCGGUGCGGCUGGCCAACACCAUGAGAGAGGUCAACCUGCUACCUGAUAACCUGCUCAGCCAGCCCUCCAUCAGACUAGUGCAGAAAUGGUACAUGCAGAGCUUUGUGGAGCUGCUUGAUUACGAGAACAGAAAGCCAGAGGACCCUCACGCUUUGAACGAUUUCCUGGAGCUCUUGAUUGAGAUCCGCAACCGUCACAACGAUGUUGUUCCCACCAUGGCUCAGGGAGUCAUCGAGUACAAGGAGAAGUUUGGCUUUGACCCCUUUAUCAGCAGCAACAUUCAGUACUUCCUCGACCGCUUCUACACCAACCGUAUCUCCUUCCGCAUGCUCAUCAACCAGCACACUCUCCUGUUUGGUAACGACACUAACCCUGCACAUCCAAAACACAUAGGCAGUAUUGAUCCCACCUGCAGUGUGGCUGAAGUCGUCAGUGAUGCCUACGACACAGCGAAGAUGUUGUGUGAGAAGUACUACUUGGCUUCACCCGGGCUGAAGAUCGAAGAGUUCAACAUGAAGGCCCUGAAAAAACCCAUCCAGGCGGUGUACGUGCCCUCUCAUCUGUUCCACAUGCUGUUCGAGCUCUUCAAGAACUCAAUGAGAGCCACAGUGGAGCUCUAUGAGAACAGCAAUGAGGAAUUACCACCAGUCAAGGCCAAAGUCACUCUGGGUAAAGAAGAUCUCUCCAUAAAGAUCAGCGACAGAGGAGGAGGAGUCCCUCUGAGGAAGAUAGACCGUCUGUUUAACUACAUGUAUUCCACUGCUCCUACACCAAGCCUGGAGCCAGGAGCUGUCCCACUGGCUGGUUUUGGCUACGGCUUGCCGAUUUCUAGGCUCUACGCCAGAUACUUCCAGGGGGAUCUGAAACUCUACUCCAUGGAGGGCGUUGGCACUGAUGCAGUCAUCUAUCUGAAGGCCCUCUCCAGCGAGUCCUUCGAGCGUCUGCCCGUCUUCAACAAAUCAGCGUGGCGCCAUUACAAGACCAGCCCUGAAGCAGACGACUGGAGCAACCCCAGCAAAGAGCCGCGCGAUGCCAGCAAGUCAAAAUACAAAGCCAACAGAUAACUCUGCCUGACCCUGCUAGCCCUGCCCUCUGCUGGAAGCCCAAAUGGCCGCACUCUGCCCGGAGCAUGCACGAUGAACUGUUGCCCUUGGGUAAACACUUGGUUCAGGAUCAGACUUGAUUUCACAUUCCGGUGGUUAAAGAUUUGGAAACGAUGGUUGACCUUGACUUAUGUCUGUACCCAAUGGCAACGACAUUCAUCAGUGUAGCAUGUUGUGGCAUAAACGCCGGCUCUCCCAGGAUGGAGUUUAAAAUGAACCUCUUCCAAAUUAUAGACCCCCCCAGUGUCAUUUAGUCACUGUUGUGAAUCUUUACUAACGUCGGCUUCGUUUCCUCCUCUAUCGGGCCAUUACGUCAGACUAAAUUCACCGCAUCACCCUCACUUCUCCUUCUGUCUCAUGCAGUUUGGCCUCGCUCCUCUUUGCUGACGAGGCCGCUGAAUAAGCCUCGCACGGCUGAUUGAGUGUCUCUCCCACCGUCGGCGAGGGCUUGUAUUCAGUUUCUCCCUCUCAAACACAAGCAGAGUCGGGGGGUUUGAGUUUCAGUGCGAAUGGGAAGAGGAGGAGGUUUCAUUUCCUUCCUUUGGGAGACUUUUUUGACUGAACGCACAAUUAGGCCAGUGUGUCACUGGCAUAGCAAAGACUUGUUUGUAUGUAAGCCUGGGAGAAUGGAAGACAGGAUUGCCUGUAGAUGAGAAAAAGGGAUAACUUUUAAAAAAGUGUAAGAACAAAUGCAUCAGGAGUACAUUUUAUUUUAUGAAGAUUCAUGUCAAAGAGAGAAAGCCUUACAUCUAACAUUUGAUGUUAAAAUCUGCCUUUAAGGCUCCACUAGAACUUACAGUUUAUUUAUAAUGGAAGAUUUUUAUUUCAGUGUUUUGUUUAUAUCUCACCCUCUCACAUGUAAAAGUCACCUGAACUCCCUCUUACACAGUUGACCGGCAAUACUGACGCUCCAUUUCUGCUUUUAAGCCAGCUUUGCACCCUGAUUGAUCAACUAAAGGACCAAAGGAGCAUCUGUAGGAUGCCAGGUAAACGCCUAGUAGCUUCAGCCACACCAGCAUGAUGUAUCGUACAAACCUGCACAGAGAGGAAUGGACCUGUUGCAUCUAACGAGGACUAUAAACGUGGGAAUACAUCGUUACAUCUCCUUUCUACACCAUCCUACCAACAUUUGAGACCCGCUGUGAUCGAUAGGCAACCUGCAGCUCUCAGCUUGAACUUGUGACCCUAACAGCGCUUCAUCCAGCCAGCCUUGUGACUCACCCGUAGUGUUACUAACACGGACAGUCUGCUGAAUGAGUUUGAAACAAAGCAUGUGUAUUUUUAAGAUGUGCUUUUUUUGUUUUUAUUACCACGUGUGGAAAUGAUAGAAUUGGAAGAUACAGGUGAAAUGCAGAAAGAUCUGAUACCUGACAGGGUUUUUAUUUAUUUUAUGCAGGGACACAGUUAAAGAACUACCUUUUCAAGCUUUUACUAUGUUGUCUUUUACUACUAAUUAUCUGUUUCAUCGGAACAAAAUUACUUUUAAUGAUCUUUUAAUGAUUUUUCUUUAAUUAUUUCUUAAAGCAUAUGGACAGUCCACUUCAUUUUCUUUAUUUAAACACAAAGGAAAUCACGCAGUGUUUGGAAAAGCCAGCAGGGGAAACUAAUAAUGGAAGCAAACUGCAUUCACUUGAGAAAAAAAUAUUUGCCCCGUUUUUCUGGAUUAACAAGAUUAUGGCAGGGAUUCGAUUUUGAUUUACUGGUCCAUCUACAUCCCAACCCUCGCCUAUGGUCAUGAGCUCUGGGUAGUGACCGAAAGAAUGAGAUCGCAGAUACAAGUGGCAAAAAUGAGUUUCCUCCGUGGGGUGGCUGGGCUCAGCUUUAGAGAUAGGGUGAGGACCUCGGACAUCCGGAGGGAACUCGGAGUAGAGCCGCUGCUCUUUCGCGUCGAAAGGUGUCAGUUGAGGUGGUUCGGGCAUCUGAUCAGGAUGCCUCCUGGGCGCCUCCUGUUGGAGGUGUUCUGGGCACAUCCCACUAAGUAGGAGGCCCCAGGGCAGACCCAGAAGGGAUCCCAGAUUGGGAUAACAUAUCUCAUCUGGCCUGGGAAUGCCUUGGGGUGCCCCAGGAGGAGCUGGAAAGCGUUGCUGGGGAGAGGGACAUCUUGGGUGCUUUGCCUGUCCAGCUGCCCCCGCGACUUGGCCCCGGAUAAGCGGAUGAAAAUGGAUUGAUCAGAUAAUCUCAGGAUUCUAAGAAACGUUUUCAUG